CUAUGUGAGGCAGCAAAACUAUAUAUUAUUAGUCGCGCUAUUUUUUUCACAUAAUGGUGGCCAUGGCAACGUCGAAUGCGGCAAACCAGUCGAUUAACAACAAGGUGUUUUGUCAUCACCUUAAUAACAUCAAGGUCGGAAAUGGCACGGCACUAACCGAUGACCAGCGCGCACACGCGUGCGUGGAAACGGAAAAUCCGCCCAGGUACCUAAAAGCAGUCCUCCGUCGAAAGAGAGCGGCAUUGUGUGAUCAGUUCGUGCGACGGCGAUACCCGGUACGUGACGUACCGAGGCUGUUCAAUACGGAGAUGCUGUAAAACACUGAGCACUCGCUCACUAGCUACGGGAGCUGAUCUCCAACGUAAAGCAGCAAUCGGUAGACGAUGGGUCCGCUUUGGGACAACACUAAGCAAGAUGAGACAGGUUUGUGGAGCAGCAUGGAUGCUUUGAAGUACAGGUCUGAGAAGUCUCGGAUAGGAGAUUUCCUGGAAACAGUCCUAUAGUCGCAUCAGGACCGGAAAACUUUGGAUUAAUUUCAACUCCAAAGUAAUUGCGAGAAAAAAGGUGUUAGUGUAUUUAACCCCAUCGCACAACGUCACAGGUUUUAUACGUCAACAUCAAGUGAAUUUCUUGACAAAGUGUAGUAAAACAGACUUGAUUGCCACGAUUAAUUCCUGGUAUCUGCCAGUUUCGAUGACUCUGCUGCCGUUCCACAACCCUAUUCCGCUAUGGGCUCCCUCCUUGAGGAGGGCAUGUACAAUUUAACACAUUGGCACCUGACUGAGAUCACCACCGGAGCCUUGGAAGUUUCUGACGACGAGGCCUGCGAUGAUUAUCAAAACAAUACAUCGGAAGAGGCGGUCGAGGGAAUCACUUACAGCGAGGGGCAAGCGGUGCUGGUCUCUGUAUUCCUACCAAUUAUCAUGACACUCGGAAUAGUCAACAAUAUUGCCUUCAUCUAUGUGGUCAUACGGGUCCCCCGCAUGAGAACGGUCACCAAUUGUUACCUGGUGGGUCUUGCAGUGGCUGAUAUACUCUUCCUGGUGUUUGCCAUCGGAAGCAGAGUGUGGAGCUACGCUAACUCCCCUAUCCACAGAGACGACACGCCCCUUGGUCUCUCAGGCUUUCUACUCACUCAGUUUGUCAUCAAUACCUCGUACUUUACCACCCUGUGUUUCAUCACGCUGGUGUCGUGGGAGCGAUACAAUGGCGUCUGUAGACCCCAUCGUAAGCGAGACACCAAACUAAGGGUCUUCAAGCUCAUGGCUGUAUCCUUUCUCGGAUCCAGUUUGAUGUCAGCGACGUUGUUGCUCAGUUUGACCAAGGUAUAUGUUGUAUGUAUAACCUGGCCGGACAGACCUACGUACAUCGAUUGGCCGAGGCAGAGGUAUCACUAUUUCCCAGUAUAUGACUGGGUGGAUAAGUACUCCUACGGUGCACAGACGAUACCUUUCUUCAUUUCACUCAUCAUCAAUGUGAUUUUCUACCACCGGAUCAUCAAGGGGCUUGACAAGUCCAUGCAUCGCAGACACACCCAUCCCAACCACCGCUGCAGUGGCGGAGACACCUCGACUCGGAACCAAAUCGCCCGGAUGCUAGUCAUCAACGGGAUAGCACUCUUCGCGCUCCUGGCACCCUUUGAGAUCAUGUCGCUGUUCCAGCUCAUCGGCAUGUUCCGGGGGUUUACCUUCUUGUUAACACUGGAAGUCAGGGGACAUCUAGUGGAGGUUGCUAGGAUCUUCUCCUAUUUCAAUGCCGUGGUGAAUCCCGUAAUAUACACAGCUCUGAGCAGUAGGUACAGGGAGUCCUUUAAAAUCACCUUCAUGCCGGCACAAUGCAGGCCGCAUCAGCGCCAGAGAAUUGAAAACUCGGUCCAUGGUAGCACAGUUACUGUACAAUGUGGAGUGACCUCUAAAGUUCACGAAUCAAGAAUGUAGUCACUGGACAUCACGUCAACAAUUUCGUGUCUAAACCUAGCGGUAAAAAUAACAUAUCGUGAAGAAUAUUCCUAAUAUAAGUACAACCAUACAACCUUUCCUAACCCAUAUUUAUUAUUUUUUGAAAGUUAAUUGUAUUUGCAACAUUUUUUUCAAAAUGUAGAAUGCAAACAAGGUUUCUCUUAUUCCAAAUAAGGAAGUAUAAGUAUUCGCAACCACGGACGUUCGUAUUUGUUCUAAGUGUUCAAAAAUAUGAUUACCAAUUGUGUGUGUUAUGACAUGGCUGCGGUGACUGUAGCUUUGUCGCUUAAGCUAGAUAAUAUAUUAACUUUGCACGUUAAGAAUGAAACGCCCAGGCUUAAAACUUUUAUACCAAAGUGUGUCAAAGUUUUUUGUUCACAGAAGGUAGGCCUACACCACUGUGACUGAACUAUGUCAAGAUCCAAGAUGAAAGUAAAAUUCCAAUUUCUUUCAUUAAGCAUUGAAAGCGACUUCACGACAUGUGUUUAAUCCAAAGAGUAUUCUCAUGAUUUCUUAAAAUCGUAUAGAAGCACGUUGAAAACACGCCUCUCGACGGCUGUUACAUUAUAACGGUGUAGCACUAUUUUUAUCAAAGCUAAGACACAACAGUCAUGUAUAGGGAAUCACAAUUACAAUUUACAAUUUACAAAAAGCCGUAUAUAGCAAAAACAAAUGGAAUGAUACACAUAAAAUACUAAAGCUACCGGCUGACGGCUGUUGAAGUUGUGAAAAACGCUUUUGUAUAUAAAAUGCACAAUGUGAUCCCUACAACCUGAGAAAUCACAUGUGAAUACGGAAAGAGCCGUAUAUCAAAUGUUGAAUAGAUACAGUGUAUCCAGAUAUAGGCCUAGGUUGUUGCAAAUUGAUGUUAAAAAUGCCUCAUUGUAUCACUCUCUGACCAUCAGUGAAUUUCAACUUCGUUAGGACUAGGUUUAAGACCAUUCCAGCAAAUUCAAUUUCUCCAGGAAACAGCUCGUACUAGACCUAGAAGCUUUUUGAUAGAAAGGCUGUUGUUUGCUGAGACAAAUUGCUCAUGAUGAAGACAAAUUGGUAACUAUGAAAUGCAUGACAGUUGCCAUAGAAAGACCCAUUCUCCAGUGCACGUUUACAUUCCGUACAUGAUUGAUCAUUCGAAAACGCUAACCUUAAGGAACGAUUUUUGGUUAAAAAAAACAUCUUAUGAGUAGAGAGGGGAGCUUAAUGUUAUAGAUUUCAUAUGACGUCAGUAAAGAAACCGGUCUUAUUUCCCGCAUUGACCGGACACGACAAUGACUAGCGACAAUGACACUGGUGACGAAAGGACAUGAGUAUACAGAUCCCCUUAAGGUUUUAGAAGGACGUUGACAAUGGCAUUUCAAGCAAAAAUAACCGAACAAAAUCAACACCUCAUAACACGCGACGGAAACCUUUGACGUACCAACCACAGGUUAUAUUUCACGGUAAGUUGUAACCCGAGCGGUAAAUUCCUCCAAGGAAUAUAAUCCUUGCACAGCUUACAGAAUUAUAACUUGAUCUUUGAUGUAUUCUGUUUCGUUCCAUUUCAUAGCCCAAAAUCUCGUGGAUUAAAAAAAAAAUAUGAAAUGUACGACAUCAACAAAGCAAGCAACAGAAAAUGAAGUUUAAUGAUGUUAUUUUUCAAAAUAUUAAUCCCGCAUCCGAAGGCUGAAAUAUCGUGGAAAUUCAAGAAGAUUUCCAAUUUAUACGGGACUUGAUAUUUACACAAGGGAAUGUAGUAAAUUUUCCAGAAACUUCAGAUAAGGUGUAGAGCACUUAGCUCAAUUUCAUCUCCUCCUCGCUCAACAAACAUAUGUCGGAACACGCUGUGCGUAUUGUGGACACCAACGGCUUUUGAACUAUUAGUGAUUAAGAUAAGUGCAGGCUAGCUAUUCCCGCUUUUUUUGGUGAGGAAAAAAAAACUGGUGAAAGCAAAAUGUCAAGCGGCCAUCGGUACUAAAAAUAUAAUUUGUUGAAAGAUGUUUAUCUUGAGUGAUUUGGUUCAGCACGAAGCGGAGGGUUUCAACUUCAAAUUCAAUAUAUUUCCAUACCCCUCUCCUUCUAUUCACACCAUUACUUUCCAGCUAACCGUACACACAAUAAAUGUAUUUGUGAAUGCAUCUCGCCGUCUGCAUUUUACGCAUGACAACUUUAUCAAAACGAACGAGGAAGUCAAAACAAAAAUCUUGGACGUGCAGCCAGACGACAGCAUCCACUUUCACCAAUACUUCUGCUCCCAUGUCGGGACCGAGUGUUUUUUCGAUGGCCCUGUUUCCCCUCUAAAUUUAGGUUCCGCCUAAACCUCUCCAAACAUCAACCUAGUUUGGCCCGCAUCUCUCGGGAUAUGUACAUCGUGAAAAUGGCAUUUCGAGGACCGAAGUACUCGUAAAGAUCAAAGUUCUUUUGAAGGUGUUAGCAUCGAAUGUUGACUGUGUUUCGUUGCCCAGCAGCGGGCGAUGGCAGUUAGAUGAAAUAAGAAGGAUCACUCAUUAUCACUCUCCAACAGCACUUAGUAUAUCUCUGCCAUCUAGGCCUAUUCUCUCAUUAAGGACAUGCAUAAUGACCUGCUGUUUCGACAGCAAAACACACAUCCGCUCCCCGUAAAAUGCAUUUUAGUAAAGAACUAUCGCACUCGUGAAAUAAAAUAAGUGAAACCGAGCAGUUUUGCUUUUCUGAAAAUGAGAAACAUUUUUUUGUUUGCAGGUAGAGAAACAUAAUUAGUGUGUGAGUUGGAACCCGACACAUAUUUACACCAAGACCGGAUUUCUAAAUCACCCUAUGAUUAGGCUGAAAUUAUGUCGGCUAAUUCCACGGGGAGAAAGUACACUUGACCGAGACCGAGACCAGACGAAAUAUUCUGAAGGAAAAGUCAGUAGACUUCAUUCAAUGACUCUUCACUCCGAAGGGUCCAAGAUCCAUCACUGAUCAUUGUCCCGUAUCGG